AUGGUGACCUUGACGUCUUUCCUGGAGAGGGAUGGCUUCGUGGUUAUUCCGUCAGUUCUGUCACCGGAGCAGCUCGAGACUCUCCGUGCCGCUGCCACUCGGACCACCGAGCUCGCCCGCUCCGGCAAGUGGCCGCUGAUCCGCACCGUCGGUAAACAGUUCCCGCCGUGGACACCGGACGCCAGCCUGGGCAUCUGGGGUGUGCAGUCGUUGAUGCACCCCGAGCUCCCCGAUCACGACAUAUUCGCCCAGUCCUACUUCGCAGAGAAUGUGCUCAGUCCGGCAAAACAGCUCAUGAGCUGUGGCGACGAGGACCUCGUCAUGGAACUGUACAACAUGCUCGUCCGCCCGGACAAGGAUUUUGAGCUGCGAUGGCACCGAGACGAUAUUCCGCCGGACGCUGACGAUGAGGAGGAGCUGGAGAGACUCAAUGAGCCGGCUUUCCACACCCAGUGGAAUCUGGCGUUGUUUGACGACGAGAGCUUGGUGCUUGUGCCCGGAUCGCAUCGACGGGCGAGAACCAAGGAGGAACGCGAUGCAGGGCCGUACGAUGUGGUUGCGGACCAAAUGACUGUCAAGUUGAAGGCUGGCGAUGUGGCUUUCUAUAACAACAACAUCUUCCACAGAGGCGUGUACGACUCCACUAAAGAACGCAUGACACUGCAUGGCAGUGUGGGACACGCCAAAGGGAGCAAGCUGCGAGCUAGAAAUGUUCUUCAGCAUGGAAUCGGAAGCUGGGUUGACCGGUGCGACUUCAGCGCGUUGGGCGAGCAGAAGGAGAGGGCGGAGGCCAUGAGGGACCGACUGGUGAGACUGGGAAGGGACAGUGGCGAGGUCGGAUACUCCUUGGACGGUUGA